CGCUGUCCUUGACAGGCUUUGUCUUUCUCCUCAGCUGACUUUGGUCUCUGUGCUCGGCUCAGCCCUGAGUGCAGCAGGUGCCACUCCAGCGUCGGCACUCCCAGCUGGAUGGCACCAGAAGUCGUGAGAGGAGAAGCCUACGGCCCCAAAGUGGACAUCUGGUCCCUGGGCAUCACGGGGCUGGAGAUGGUGGAAGGGGAAGCUCCUUACCAGAGGGAGCCCAAGUUCAGGGUUUUUGAACUGAUUGAAAGGAAUGGGCCCCCAAAACUGCAAAACCCCAGGCACCACUCGGCUCUCCUGCGCGACUUUCUGCGCUGCUGCCUGCAGGCGGACCAAGACAGGCGCUGGUCUGCCCAGGAGCUCCUGCAGGGUCUCAUAUAG